AAAAGUCGACUCUAUAGCUUUCAAUUAAAUCCUGUUACAUUUGUUAGUUUUAAUCCGACUGUACAUUACUUUGAAAAGGACAAACCUCAGUUUCGUGAUUUACAUCUCACUUGACCUCACUACCAGAGGUCCACGGUGUAAUGUUUUUUUUCACCACUGGGAUGCUGACAGCGUUUCCCGCCUAAUUUAUUUCCCUUUGGCGGCCCUCAGUCCAAAUUUGGAUUCCUAAAUUGGCCCUCAGCUGUCAAAACUUUGAGAACCUGAAUCUAGACAUAUUUGUUACCUGGCUUCAAUUCAACACUGAUUGUUCGUCUCCGAUGUGAUGAGCACUGCAGAAAGCACUAAAACACACGCAAGGUUACGCAUGUUGUAUUAAUGUAUCUAUGCUUCAUGAUUUCUCUUUUUGAUCUUCUUCUCCUGUCUUCUUUCUCCGAGGCCUUAGGUUUCCAGUCGAUGUCACAUCUGACCCUGUGGAACCAUCCAGGGCUGCGACUGAGACACAGGGGCCUGCAAGUAUCCUUCUUUCCCACCAUAGAUCUUGCAUGAAUGCGAUUAAUAAGCGUGUAUGCACUGUGCUCUGGAAAUCUAUCUCCCAAAAUCGUACUCCCUGUCCUUUUGGUGAUCCAUGUUGACAAGCUGAACUCUGCUGUCCUCACCCUUAUCUCCUUCAUGGAGUGAUAAUAGUCCGGUAUAAAUGGUGGGCGAGUUCUGUGGCGGAGGCGUUCCUACCCAUCGAGGAUCCCUACCCAUCCCCGGCGUUGAAUCACCAUGCCCUGCAACGGGUGGCGAACUGGCGGGGUCACAGCAGCCUACGUUUGUGUUUUCACCCUAAUUACACAAACGCUGUUUCUCCCCGUUGAGGCAGGGGGCGCCACAGGCUCUCAACCACAGGUGAGCCGUUCACGUUCCGAAUUAGCGUUUCUAUGACGACGGCCCUCCUAGAGUCAAACCAAUGUUUUAAUUGCUGCUUUUAGAGUUAUAAUUAAUGGAUGGUUUAAUAUUAUGAUUUUCUGUAUGCUUUUCACUACAAAUAGCAAUGAUCCAUGUAUGGCGUUUGUUAAAAAAAAUAUAGAAACAUUAUUUUGAAGCUGAUCUUGCUCUGAAGAAAAGUGUGGAUUUCGCUCUAUUGCCUACAAAUAACAUUAGGGCCUGAAGAGGACGACGAGCAUGAUGAAGGACGCUACAAACAAGGAACCAGCCAGUCUGCUGUCCCUCGGAGAACAGCAGUUUGUCUCAGCGAGGAAGGAGGGGAUCAGGAAUUCACUCCAAAGUCUGGGGAUGCACAUUAAUGCGGACUCGGUGCCCCACAUCGCCCUGCUGGGCUCUGGGGGGGGGCAGAGGGCGGCUGUGGCUCUCCUGGGGUCUCUCCAGCAGAUGGGGCAGGACGACCUGCUGGACACCCUGCUCUACAUGGGAGGAGUGUCUGGGUCUGGCUGGGCCAUGGCGUCCCUCUACACCGACCCCCAGUGGAGCACCAACACGGCCGCAGCUCUGGCCAGGCUGACCCAGCCCGGCCCGGGGGUGGACGACAUCGUGGACUGGCUGAGGGUCCGCGCGGAGCAGGAGGACUUCUCCCUCUCCGACCUCUGGGGGUCCCUCCUCUCCUCCAGCGUCAUGAAGCAGAUGGACCGCACGCGCCUCUCCGACGAGGCCAAGAGACAAACCACCAACCCGUAUCCGGUCUACAGUGCGCUGGAACAAAACUGCUACUUGGACGGCCAGACAAAAGGCAAAUGGUUUGAGUUGACUCCUCAUGAGUCGGGCUUCACAGAGCUGAAUCACUUCACCCCCACCUCCCAGCUGGGCCAAAGACCCUCAGACAGUGGGGCGUCUGAGGGGGAGAAGGGCGUGAAGGGGGGGAAGGAGGAGGUGAUGGAGGUGGAGGAGGAGGUGAUGGAGGUUAUGGGGGUGGAGGUGUCCGGGAUGGACAUGGUCACCCUGCAAGGUAUAAUAGGCAGUGCAAUGGCAGAUGAACAGCAGAUGCUGGCGCAUUUGCCGGAUUGGCUGAAAAAUAUUCUUGACAUCCACUCUUCCCCGUCCGAGGGAGCGGUGGACAGGCAGGAGAGGAAGACGAAGGUCGACGCAUGGAUGGAGAAGGUCCUGAAGCCGGUGAGGGAGGGGCUCCACGCUCUGCCCGACGGCCGGGUCAAGGACGUGGUCUCGUGGGUGGUCUUGAAACUCUUACCCUUGAUCACCGAAUGGAAAUGGGGAACCACAGCCAACUUCAUCUAUCACAGUCCAGACGAGUUCAUUCCAGAGUGUCUGAGGUCUACGGAGAACCUCCAGCUGGUUGACGCUGGUCUGUUCCUGAACUCACCAUACCCUCCGUUCCUCGGGCCGAGGAGGGACGUGGACCUCAUCAUCUCCCUGGACUUCUCCCUGGGGCAGAGCCUGGAGAGCCUGAUCCUGGCCAGGGAUUAUGCAGUCGAGGUGGGGAAGCCGUUCCCAGUGAUAGACGACACGGUCCUGGAGGAAAUGGACUGGCCCAGGGACUUCUACGUGUUCCCGGGUGGUCGUUCCGCGCCCACCAUCGUUUACAUGCCUCUCUUCAACCAAAGGAACUGCAGAGACGCAGCCGAGGUGAAGUCCAAGAUGGCGGAGUACACUACAGUCCAGAUGCCGUACAACCAGAAGAAGAUAGCUGGCCUGUUGAAGAUAGCCAUGGACAACAUGAAGAACAACAAAAACAAACUGAUGCUCGAGAUGCACAGUGCUGCUGUUCGCAAGCAGGAACGCAGAUCAUAGCUCAAAGUCGAUGCCCAGGACAGAGUAAAGCGGAUGAUUUACAAAGUGCAGCCUUCCUCAGUAACGUUUCCCUCAGAACGCUGCAAUGCUGGAAUCACUCGUCUCGAGCGUAAACGGACCCACAACGUUUGUGUCACACUUAUUACCAAAGCAGUGUUAUUGCUCUUGAUGUGCAACCCUUAUUUUCUGCUGUAUCUUAUGCAAAUAAAAUGGAAAGAAAGGUUGUUUUGCGUCUUUCCAUGUCUGCGAGAGAGAAAGCGAGCAAUUUCAUUGAUUUGACGUCUUCGGGUUCUUGGUUGGGUCAUCCCUCUCAAAGCUCAGUACCUUUUGAUACUGGAUGAGCAGGAUUGCUUUCCAAGUCAAACAUGGGUGCCAUGAUUUGUUGGUAUUAAAAGAAAAUCUUCACCGUGGUUUACACAAUGGUACAAGCUACUAAAUAUUCUCCCACCCACUGGCCAAAUUUCCCAGAGUAUCAGUCCACUUCUAUUAGAGCGUAACAAACAUCCAAAGUGACAAGAGUGCAUAGUUCUACCCCCAUCGAUCAUAUGGGACCCCAGGCUGCCUUCAAGUACCCCCAUGUAAGCGCCUGAACUGUGAAAACUUGUAUUUACUUUAGAAGUGUUAUCAAGCAGGUCAAAUUAAUAAACGCAUUCCAUGUUCAGUGUUAAUAGUUUACUACUUCAUCGAAUAACACGUUAACGAUUAUGUAUAGCAUGUUUCAAACCUUUAAUUACGUUGAGGUUUCCCUCAUUUACAAUGACGACGAGUUUACAGCAAGGGACAUGCACACAACAGCAAUGAUGAAUAAACGUGAGUAAAAAUAUUUCAAUAAAUAUACACUUGGGUUAGAUUGUAAUUUGAUGAGCUGAUAUGAAACACUAAACGUUUAGCUAAUGUGCGAGUAGCUGUGAGUGACCACAGCUGAGCAUGAGACAGCAGGCGAGUUGAACAG